CCUUAGACAAGCUGCCGUCACCAAUACGCAGCCAAUUGUCCCCGGGACUCCUUCCUCCAGCUUGCAGUGCUGCUUUCCUUCUGCCGUCGCCAUGUCUGUCACUGCCCCUCAGCGCAUCACGGGCUUCCCCCCACUACCUGCCAGCGCCAGCAAAGGCCCGGCGAGGACCCCUCCGCGAAUGACGCGCGAUGAGAUCGAGGCCAUGAUCGCCGAGGGCCGCAACAUUAUCGUCCUCCACGGCCAGGUCGUCAGGGUUGACCCUUGGCUCAAGUACCAUCCUGGCGGUGACAAGGCAAUGUUGCACAUGGUUGGGAAAGACGCCUCGGACGAAGUCGAUGCUCUGCAUUCCCUUGAGGCGAGACAGCAGAUGUUGCGUUACCGAAUCGGCCGUAUCGAAGGCCACUGGACCAACUUCACCCCGCCCAUCCAAGGCGGCGUCUACCGCACCCGCGCUGAGAUCGAAGCCGCCUCAAACGAUGCCGAUUGCUCCAAGGAUACCUCCUCCAGCCCCGCGACUUCACGCACACCCUCUCCAAUCUUUGACGACCAUGACGGAAAGGGCGUUCGACAUCGCCCCGGUCGUGAGAACAAGGCCAAUGCCGGUGCUGGUUCGGUCUCUCCCGCUUCAUCCGUACACGAGGAGAUGGACGGCAUGUCGUACCUAGAUACCGUGACCCUCGAACACAUUAGUCUCGACCUCGAGAAAUACCCAGCUCCCGACGAGGUUACCCAGGCCAAGAUUGUUGUCAAGUACCGUGAGCUUCACCAGCGCAUAUACGACGAGGGACUGUACGACUGCAACUACUGGGCGUAUGGCGUGGAGUGCUGUCGAUAUGUCUCGCUUUUCAUUGGCAUGUUCGUGGGCAUUCAUUUCAAGCAGUAUUUUCUCGCUGCAUUUUGCCUCGGUGCAAUGUGGCACCAGCUCGUCUUCGCCGCCCAUGAUGCUGGCCACAUGGGCAUCACUCACAGUUUCCAUGUUGAUACGGUCAUUGGCAUCAUCAUUGCCGACUUUAUCGGUGGCCUGUCCAUGGGUUGGUGGAAGCGGAACCACAACGUUCACCACAUUGUGACAAAUGCUCCCGAGCACGACCCUGAUAUCGAGCACAUGCCGUUGUUUGCCGUCUCUCAUCGCCUCCUCGGCAGCCUCCGAUCAACGUAUUACGAACGGGUCAUGGAAUACAAUGCCGUAGCUAAGGUCCUUCUCCGUAUCCAAACCUGGACCUACUACCCUUUCCUCGCUCUGGGACGCUUCAAUCUCUACGUCCUCUCCUGGGACUACCUUAUCGUUGGCCGUGGUCCUACCAAAGGUCCCGCAGCAUGGCAUCGUUGGCUGGAGAUAAUCGGCCAGAUCUUCUUCUGGACGUGGUUUGGGUACGGAGUUGUCUAUAAGAUGAUUCCCGAUGGAUGGUCUCGAUUCACUUUUAUCAUGGUCAGCCACAUCACCUCAUCACCGCUUCACGUGCAGAUUGUCCUGUCUCACUUUGCCAUGAGCACCGCCGAUCUGGGGCCCCAAGAAUCGUUUGCCCAAAAGAUGCUCCGGACUACCAUGGAUGUUGACUGCCCCGAAUGGCUUGACUUCUUCCAUGGCGGCCUCCAAUUCCAGGUCAUUCACCACUUGUUCCCUCGUGUCCCCAGGCACAACCUGCGCAAGACUCAGAAGCUCGUUCAGGAGUUCUGCAACGAAGUUGGCAUCCCGUACGCCCUGUACGGAUUCGCCAAUAGCAACAAACAAGUCAUUGGAAGGCUGGCCGAGGUGUCAAGGCAAGCAGCGAUUCUGGCCAAGUGCCAGAAAUCGAUCGUCGAGAGCGGUGACUAUUCUGGUCAUCACAUUCACCACUAAGCCUGGUACUGCGAACACAAGCGAGCCUCCUCCGUACAUAUACGGGCUUAACUUGCACUAGUAUACCCCUUCUCAUAUUUCGGAAUGCUCACAGGGGGCGGGAUUUCAUUUCCUCUCCCCGGAGCCUUCGGCAUUCGAAGCCAAUUCGACCAUGUCUGA